UCUAUGGCAUUUACGAUAAAAAUAAAUUCGCGAAACACGCUUACAAUCGAAGAAAACUGUAAACUUUAAAACCCGCGGGAAGCACAAAGCAAACAGAGAAAACACUUCGAAAUGCCGGCUCGUAAAUCUAAAGACACAGCUGUACAAUUGCCAGAACGUAGCAAGCGAGCGCUACGUUCAAAAAAUAAAAAUACAAAUGAUAAUCUACUCGUGGAGCAACCAAUACGUGAAGCUCCACCAAGAGCUGAACAAUUGCCAGAGCGUACUAAACGAGCGCUACGUUUAGGCAAAAAGAAUACAAAUAAAAGCCCAGCGAAGGAGCAACCAAUCCUUGCCGCUCAACCAACAGCUGUACAGUUGCCAGAGCGUACCAAACGAGCGCUACGUUCUAAAACUAAAGAUACAAAUGCAACUAUAGUCGUGGAGCAACCAAUCCUUACAGCUCAACCAACAGCUGAACAGUUACCAGUGCGUACCAAAAGAGCGCUACGUUCAAAAAAUAAAGAUGCAAAUGAAAAUAUAGUCGUGGAGCGACCAUUCCUUACAGCUCAACAAACAGCUGAACAGUUACCAGUGCGUACCAAAAGAGCGCUACGUUCAAAAAAUAAAGAUACAAAUGAAAAUAUAGUCGUGAAGCAACCAGCUAAACAGUUGCCAAAUCAUGCUAAAGGAGCGCGACGUUCAAAAAAUAAAAUUACAAAUGAAAAUCUAGCGAUAGAGCAAACAAUAGUUGUAACUCAGCCAGCAGCUGAACCAUUGGUUAAAAGAGCGCGACGCUCAAAAAAUAAAGAUGCAAAUGAAAAUAUAGUCUUGGAGCAACCUAUACUUGUAUCUCAACCAGCAGCAGAACAUACCAAAGCAGCGCGACGUUCAAGAAACAAAAAUACAGAUGAAAAUCUAGCAAUAGAGCAACCAAUGCUAGUGUCUCCAGCCAAAACUAAAGCCACAGGCAAUGUAGCCAAACAUAAACUCAGUACUAUGAACGUUGAAAAGGAAACAACUGAGCCUAAGACAAGAAAACUCUGUGCAAAUCCAGCACUCGAUGAAAUAAAUCAUUUUCUAAAGUUAGGCGACGUAAAGGAAUUACAAAAACGUUGUGCAGAGCUAGAAAAAAAUUGCAUUGAAGCGUCCAGCGAGCCGCUGGAGCCAAGCGCACAACUCAUUACAUAUGAUUUUGUUAAAGAAUUUAUAAACAAUUGCAGUCUAAGCGAAGAGCUAUCAAUUGUUAAUGAAACGCAGCAAGCUACACAGCUUUUCCAAACGCUUAGCAAUGCUAUAAGCGAACUGGAGUCUGUUACGCUAGAAGAGCUGCUGGAUCUAUAUUGUUUGGCAAUAUUAAUGCAGAACUAUGAACGUGAAGAACGUCAAGGCAUGUCCUAUCGUCUGGGUUUGCUGCAUGCGGUAGCUGAGCAUGGCUUGAGCUUGGAGCCACAACAGAUUGAACUGUUGGCACAACUUAUUUGCAAAAGACUUGUAACCGACAGCGAUAAAAUUCGCAUGCAUAAGGUUAUUGACAUGCAACAUGCCUUGAUGGCGUUGAUAGCCAGAGACGCUGCUAAUCGCCAGCUAGCCAUAGCCAUAGCAUUGGCUACAUUUGCAAAAGUCUCGGGCACAACAUUGCCGCCGCGCACUUCAGGCAGUCCGCAUGCACUCGUAAAGGCGCUUGAAUUGGCGCAGCUUGUCAAUUGGCAGCAAUUGGCUGCGGAUAAACGUCAGGCAGAUAUCUAUGCACUCGUACAUAGCUUUGCUCUGAUCGCAAACUCGAGUGAGCAUCGUAGGUUGGCUGAAGAUUGGAGUCAGCGCCUGGACAACAGUAUUCAUGAUUUGUUUAUGAAAGUGCUGCGCACUACAAAAUCCUUUGGGCUGUAUAAUUCAUUUACUAUGAUGUUGGAGCGUUUCAUUGCCUUUUGUAUUGUAAGCGCCAACAAGCCAAGGCGCGUUUUUUAAAGCGUGUAAUAUUAUUUAUUAUUUAAAAUUAUGCUAUAGCAUUUAUUUAUUUUGUAUUUUUUUUUUUGUGUUAUUACUUCAUUUGCGCCAACAACUAGCAGAAGCAGCAGCUAAAGCCAAACUAUCAACUUAAGACAUUAAGUGCCUAGUAAAAAAAAAGAAUUAAAGCACCUUUGCUCAGGCUGUUAUGUUUAUGUUUCUCUUUUGCAAUAUAAAAUGGCAUGACGCAUAAUUUAAUCAACUGUAAAUUAAGCAGCAGCUGUCGCGCGCUAAAAUCUGGCCCCAAACGCAAAAGUGUCAACAAGUUUGAAGCUUUUAACGACCAAAAACAGCAAAAGCUCAAGCCGGCCGGCCAGGCCAGGCCAACCCACAAGGGAAGUUCUGCGAAUGCGACAAGUGAGGAGAAGAAGGAGGCAGCAGCAGCAGAGCUAAGCAAAACGACAGGCUUAACUUGGCUUUGAGCGCGCGCAGACACGCUAAAAUUAUUGGUUUAGUCGCGCGUAGGACUAACAGAGUGAAAGAGCAUACGUUAAGUUAGUUAAAGCAGAUGCAAUGAAGUGCUGCUAAAUGCAGUCGCUAAAUUGAUGAAACUGCUUUGUUAAGUUUAAAACGCAACAAGUGAUUUCAAUAAAAUACGUUAUUAUUAUUAU